AUGUCGUCGUCGAUUCUGCCGAUAAUCACCUUUAAGGCUGGUAUCUGCGAGGCAGAUACCUCCAGCAAGCCUUACAAGAUCAAGCCGCAGGCGACACCUGGCUACAUCUACCUCUACUCCGAAGAUGACUUGAUUCACUUCUGCUGGCGAGAGCGCACCGCCACCAUGGAGAACCCCGAUCUCGACCUCGUCAUGGUGCCCAUGGACGGUGAAUUCGUCGCUCACGCUGCAGCCGAUCAACCCUCAGCAAAGACAAACGGUCGCGUCUUUGUCCUCAAAUUCGGUUCUUCCUCCCAGAGACACUUCUUCUGGCUCCAGUCCAAGCCUCAGUCGCGCAACGGAGACCCCAGCUGGUUCAGCCCGCGCGACAAGAAGAUUGGUGAAAUCGUCAAUGCGCUUCUCCAGGGCGAGGAGGUCAACGUGAGCCGCGAGCUGGCGCAAGUUCGCAACACCGACGACAGGCGGGACGAUGACGAUGACGAAACGAUGGAGGAUGCUGAGGGUCAGGGUGACCGGCACGAACAGUCCCAGGGAGGCAGCGGUGGUGCUGGUGCUGGCGCUACAGGAGGCGAUAUCAGAGAAGAAGGCGAGAAUGCCAGAGAAGGUGGAGGUGAUGGAGCACGAGCUGCUGCUGGUGGCUCCAACACUGUCGCGGAUGCUGCCGUUCGGAACUUCCUGGCAUCAUUACAAGGCAACGCCAACUUGAGUGGAUCACAGCAAAGCGGGCAGCAGCAACACGCAGACAAGCCUUUCCCGUACCUAAGCCAUCUUCUUCCGAACGAGAUCACCAUUCCAAUGCUUCGAUCGGCAUCGGAGGAGUUUAUCGACAGCCUUUUGAGCUUUCUGCCACCCGCAAUCGUCGUGCUUGCCACGGAGGCGGACGACCUGGGUGACUCUGAGCCCACGGCAGACGCUGCUGCUGCUGCCACAGCCACGUUGAGCCUUGCAGAGAAGAAGAGCCUGCUGGAGAGAGUGCUCAGAAGUCCCCAGUUCCACCAGGCACUUGGAAGCUUGACCAUGGCGCUGCGUGAUGGCGGUCUUCCCACAAUUGCGGAGGCUCUUAGUGUUAAGGUGCCCAAUGGCGGUUAUAUGAGGGGUGGUGCUAUGCCCCUGGGCGGUGGCGAAGCGGUAGAGGCCUUUGUCGAGGGCGUCAAAUCAACCGUCAAGGAGAAGAAGCAGGGCUAG